GGGGCUGAUGGCGCUGAGGAGAGCGCUGAGAGCUGCGGGAGGGAGGUGGGUGCAGCGCCUGUACUCGGUCUCGGGGGGUGGGGGGGACACCAUCUUCGCCCUCUCCUCGGGUCAGGGGCGUUGCGGGGUGGCUGUGAUCCGCACCAGCGGCCCCGCCAGCCGGGGGGCUCUGCAGACCCUCACACAACCCCCCCGGCUGCCCCCCCCCCGCGUCCUCGCCCUGCGCCGCAUCCGUGAUCCCGACACUGCCGAGACCUUGGACCGAGGGCUCGUGGUCUGGUUCCCAGCCCCCCAGAGCUUCACCGGGGAGGACUGCGCUGAGCUCCACGUGCAUGGGGGGCCCGCGGUGGUCAGGGGGGUCCUGAGGGCACUGGGCCGCCUGCCUGGGCUCCGUCCCGCCGAGCCCGGGGAGUUCACCCGCCGAGCUUUCCACGGGGGGAAACUGGACCUGACUGGUGUGGAGGGCCUGGGGGACCUGAUCCGGGCUGAGACCGAGGUCCAGCGGCGCCAGGCCCUGCGGCAGAUGGAGGGGGAACUGGGGCAGCUCUACCAGCGCUGGAGUGAGACCCUCACCCAGGCUCUGGCCCACCUCGAAGCCUUCAUCGACUUCAGUGAGGAUGACAACGUGGAGGAAGAGGUUCUGGCACGAGUCACUGCCACGGUGCAGGGGCUGGAGCAGGAGAUGGGUGCCCACCUGCAGGACGGGCGCCGUGGGGAGCUGCUGCGGGGGGGGGUCCACGCUGUCAUCGCUGGACCCCCCAACGUGGGCAAGAGCAGCCUGCUCAACCUGCUGUGCCAGCGUCCCGCAGCCAUUGUGUCCCCGGUGGCAGGGACCACCCGGGACGUGGUGGAGGUGGCCCUGAACGUGGGUGGUUACCCACUGGUGCUGAGUGACACCGCGGGGCUCCGGGAUGCCACCGACCCCGUGGAGCAGGAAGGGGUCACCCGAGCCCGGGAUCGCCUGCAGCGAGCAGACCUGAUCCUGGCCGUGCUGGAUGCUUCGGCGCUGCCCACCCACCCGGGGGGGUUGGCUGCUACCCUGCGGUCCCUGCUGCCCCCCCCCUUCCUCCCUUGCAUCCUGGUGCUCAACAAAGCCGAUUUACUGCCGGGGGGGGCUCUCCCCGACUCCUGCACCCAGGGGGACCCCCUGCCCCCCACCACCCUCCUCUCCUGCAAGACGGGGGAGGGGCUCGACCGCCUCCUGGAGCUGCUGGGGGGGCAACUGGAGCGGCUAUGCGGAGACCCCCUGGCAGGGUGUCCCUCGCUGACCCAGAGCCGGCACAGCCACCACCUCUCCGCCGGUGUCACCGCCCUGAGCCGGUUCCGACGGGAUUGUCACCUGGACCUGGGGCUGGCAGCCGAGUGGCUCCGGUUGGCCCGGAGGCACCUGGGGCGGAUCACGGGGCAGGUGGGGGCUGAGGAGGUCCUGGACAUCAUCUUCAGGGAUUUUUGCAUUGGGAAAUGACAAAAGGAUGGGGGUGGGGGGAGGGGGGGGUG